AUGUUGGAUUCAGUGAACAGAAAUGAGACAGGCAUCACGGAAUUCAUCCUUUUAGGAUUAGGAAUUCCUGUUGAACUGCAGCCUUUUCUUUUCUUGCUCUUCUUGGUGAUUUAUCUUGUGACAAUAACUGGAAACAUCCUGAUCAUUGUGCUAGUUGCAGCUGACCAUCAUCUUCACAUCCCAAUGUACUUAUUCCUGGGGAAUUUGUCCUGUGUAGAGAUUUGCUAUUCUUCAACUAUCUUGCCAAAAAUGUUGAGUGGUUUAUUAAGUGGAGACAGAACGAUUACUGUGAGAGAAUGCCUAUCCCAAUAUUAUUUCUUUGGCUCUUGUGUGGGUGUAGAAACAUUUCUUCUUGCAGGAAUGUCUUAUGACCGUUACCUGGCAAUAUGUAGACCUUUAUUCUAUGCUUCUGUUAUGAAUAGGGAAGUUUGUUUCCAGCUAAUAGCUGUGGCAUGGAUAAAUGGUUUUAUGGCUAAUAGCAUUAUUGUCUUUCUGAUAGCUCAGUUUUCCUUCUGUGGACCUAAUAUGAUAGAUCAUUAUUUUUGUGACUUAAGUCCACUGAAAAAACUGUCUUGCAGUGAUCCUAGCUUAUUUGAACUCAUUGUUCUUCUCUUGUCCUUCAUUUUUACCAUUGCUCCAUUUUUACUGAUCUUCAGUUCUUACGUUUGCAUCAUUACCAGCAUCGUAAAAAUCCAAUCCACCAUUGGAAGACAGAAAGCCUUUUCAACCUGCUCUUCACAUCUCCUGGUGGUUUGUCUUUUUUAUGGCACAUUAAUCAUUGUCUAUAUAUUGCCAGACACCCCCACUCUGAGACACCUCAAUAAAAUCUUCUCCAUUUUUUAUACAAUCCUGACUCCUCUGGCCAAUCCUCUCAUCUACACUUUAAGAAAUAAAGAAAUUCACCAAGUCUUAAGACGAGUUCUUGAUAAUUUGACCUUUUUUGGUGUGUGGGUAGACAAAACAUAA